AUGGAUCAGGUGCUCAACAAGGUGGGGAGCUACUGGUUCAGCAAGAGGGCCAGCAAGGAAAUCGACUCCAUCGGCGAUGACAUCAGCUCGAUCUCAAGCAGCAUUGGAGGGUCAGCCAAAUGGAUGGUGAACAAAAUUAAAGGGAAGAUGCAGAAAGCACUGCCAGACCUCCUCAAGGAAUAUGACAUGCCAGCAGGGCUCUUCCCACAGGACGCGACUAACUAUGAGUUCAAUGAAGAGACAAAGAAGCUGACAGUGUACAUCCCAUCAGCCUGUGAUGUUGGUUACAAGGACUCGUCAGUGCUGCGGUUCUUCACCUGUGUGACAGGCUACCUUGAGAAGGGGAAGUUUUCCGACAUCGAGGGCAUGAAGACGAAAGUGCUGGUCUGGACCAAGGUGACUGCCAUCAAGACCGAGGGCCCAAAGGUCCAUUUCACUGCCGGCGUGAAGAAGACUCGGAGCCGUGACGCCUAUGAGGUCGUUAGAGAUGGUAUCGCCAUAGAUAAGUUCUAG